CACAUGGUGGCAGCGGAAAACAGCCAACAUGACGACACCGCCUACGUUGCCGACACCGCCUGCAUUGCCGACAACGCUCCUGCCGCCUCCGAAGCCCCUCGACACAUCGCGAGACGCUUGGCUUGGGUGGAAGACCUGGAAAAAUAGCUUGGAUAACUGGACCGAAAGCAUCGAGCUCCACGGUGCAAGUGGGUCGCCCACGAUGCGGUUCCAUCCGGCUGAUUACGCAGUUUUCUGCCUUCUUACGGGACUCAGUUUCGCAUUCGGCCUCUACUACUCUGUGAAAAGGGCAGACCGAAAGCACUCUAUUUCCGUCCACACUGCAGCACAGCGCCAGGAAGUCUUCCUUGGCGGCCGCAGCCUUCCAGCAUGGUCACUGUCUCUGUCGUUGUUGGCGUCGCUGGCCACAGGUAUUGGCGUGGUCAGCCUGUCAGCCCAUCAGUACGCCUAUGGCCAGCACUUUGUCUGGGACAUCGUCACCUUGGUGUUUACCACGCCUUUCAUCGUGUACAUAUUCCUGCCAGUCCUUUACUACCUCAAGGUCACGUCGGUAUUCCAGUAUCUGAGGAUGCGUUUCGGAAAUGCAGUGGGAAUUUCGGCCUGUGUCAUCUACUUCUUUUUCAGUCUGACGCUGGGUGCUGUGAGCAUCUACAGCGCUGCAGUUGGAAUGUCAACAAUGAUAGGGGUACCCCUCUUCGUGUGCAACGUGAUGAUCGGCGUACUCGGAACUACCUACACAGCACUGGGUGGUCUUCGAGGUGUCGUUUGGGCGGACUGCAUUCAGGGAAUUGUGCUCUUCACAUCGCCAUUCAUUAUUAUUGCGAAAAUAUUGUACGACUCCAUAAGCUUGGAUCGACCUCUGAGGCCUCUGAGUGACUUUGACAGCAAGGAGCGCUUGUUUAAUUUUGAAGCGGAUUCCAGCUGCGACGAAACAGUGUGGGCCCACGCGGUGGCCACUGUUCCUUUCCACCUGGUUCGUGAAGGCAUGGACCAAAUGGUCGUCCAAAGAUUCCUGGCUGCGAGAAGCAUCAGAAGUGCUCGCAGGGUUGUGUGGGCCGGAAGCACCCUGGUGGCAUUCUUCAUACUGACCAUAUCUAUGACGAGCUUGGCCCUCACCUACUGGUACCGGGACUGUGAUCCCAUGUUGACUGGCACUAUCACGCGCUACGAUCAGGUUGUUCCUCUGUAUGUCACCGAUAACUUGGCUGCUGUGGCGUGCCUGCGUGGUCUCUUUCUGGCAGGUCUCGUAGGAGCGUCCAUUAGCACCGUUUCAUCAGUGAUCAACUCUCACGCGGCGACCUUUUAUGUGGACGUCGUCUCUCCGCACAUUGACUUGGGUGCGAAGCAAGCUAUGUGGAUGACACAUUUUUUAGAACUGGGAAGCGGCACCUUGAUGACUGCGUUCGCCGUACUGGUGCCUUACUUGGGAACCGCGACACGGAUUGUUAUGGCGUUGUACAGCGGUGCGUCCGGACCAUUCGCUGGGAUGAUAAUUGUGGCCAUCUGUCUUCCGUGGACCAACACUAAGGGCACCGCAAUAGCUACAUCAGCCGCUUUCGCUUUUGAGCUCUGGCAGACAGUGGGGCGGACGUUGUCCGGGCUGGAACCUCCGAGGAUGAACACUACGCUUCUACACUGCGCCAACAAUGCUACUGCGCUCUGUUCUAGCGAAGGCCUUGCUUACGCAUCUCAACCGGUGCCGGGCACCGCUAAUCUGACAUGUGGUCGAACAGGAAUGCCUGAAGUCAGGGGUGAAGAUGUGUUCUUCCUGUACCGCCUGUCAUCGUACUGGAGUUCCUUUUUUGCCAUGUUAGCUACGGUGGCUCUCAGCCUCGUCCUCAGCAUUUUCCUAGGACAUAAGGAUGAGCUCAGAAAAAGCAUGCCUCUCUCGAGUCCCGCUUUCCUGCGACUAUGGGCAAGACUGCGACUCCUCCCAGAUGAGACGAAGCGGCCAGGUGCAGAAGCCAUAGUGAAAUCCGAAGACGUCUGCGAAUCUGAAGAGGAAGUUGUCACCAUGAUCGCAGUCACGAAACUACCCGGCGGUCAUCAUUUGCGUGAAGACGGCAUCUAG